AUGGCUUCUCGCAUCUUCACUCUUCUUCUCCUCCUCACUACCUUCAACUCCAUUGCAGGAUGGACCUUGGCGGCGCCAAAAUCCCAGGUUCACCUCCAGGUCUCUGAACCUCAGACUCAACACACCCAAAACGACCUCGACAGCACUUCCGCAACCAAGCUCACCCCAGCCUUGACACGUGAGCUCUUUGAGGAAAUCCAACAUCUGCGAGUCGACUACGAAGGAUAUGUCAAGAGAUAUGAUCGAUCUAUGAACUUGGUGGUGAAGAAGGUUAAUAGAGUUAUGGAGAGAAUGGGUGCUGAUGGGGUGCUGAUGAAUGAGAGGGGUGAUGUUAGAGAAGUCAAGAAGGUUGUUGAUGGAAUGGUUGUGAAGAUCGCCAAGGAUGGUGUGAAGGAGAAUUUGGCUCUUAGGUUGGACGUCAUGAGAUUGCUUGAUCUUGUGGACACCGUUUCUGACGAGAUGGGAAUCCUCAAGGGAUACAUGGUCGACGUCAAGCAAAAACUUGGCAAACUCGCCAAUUUGGUAGAGAAUACUGAGUAA